AAGGACAACCAGCGAACAAGACCUCCUGACUGGGUGAGAGACCACCUGAGCAAGAAUGGAGGAAUCAACUAAGGAAAAAAAAGUUGUAGCAGUGGUGGGGGGUGGACUGGUUGGUGCACUGAAUGCCUGCUUCUUUGCCAAAAGAGGUUUUCAUGUACAUGUGUUUGAAACUCGGGAUGAUAUCCGGCAAGCAAAAAUCGUGAAGGGGAGAAGUAUCAACUUGGCUUUAUCUCACAGAGGCCGCCAGUCACUCAAGCAUGUCGGAAUGGAGGAGAAGAUUGUCUCCCAAGGAAUCCCCAUGAAUGCAAGAAUGAUCCAUUCACCUAAUGGUGUGCAGUCCCCAAUUCCAUAUGGCAAAAAGGGCCAGUACAUCCUGUCUGUCGACCGAGCCAAUCUGAACAAAGAGCUGCUAAAAGAGGCUGAGACGUAUGCAAACACCAAGUUGAACUUUGACCACAAACUACAGGAUUGGAAUGCCGAAUCGGGUUUAAUGACCUUUAUCAGGCCGGACGGAUCCAAAGCGCAGAUCGAAGCAGACCUCAUUGUCGGUUGUGACGGAGCAUUUUCAGCCGUUCGCAAGCAAUUCCUUCGUCAGAGCCGCUUCAACUACAGUCAGACUUACAUCCCUCAUGGCUACAUGGAGCUCACCAUGCCGCCUGUCAAUGGAGAGUUUGCCAUGAAGGCUAAUUAUCUCCAUAUUUGGCCACGGAACACAUUCAUGAUGAUUGCGCUCCCCAAUUUGGACAAGACGUUUACCUGCACUCUCUUCAUGCCCUUUGAAGAGUUUGCAAAGAUCACCACAGGAGAUGAAGUCAUCGAGUUUUUCCAAAAAUACUUUCCUGACGCCAUACCGUUAAUAGGACUUGAUGCUCUCAAAAGGGAUUAUUUCCGAUUGCCUGCCCAGGCCAUGGUGUCCGUCAAGUGCUCCCCGUAUCAUAUCGGAGACAAAUGUGUCCUUAUGGGCGACGCGGCUCAUGCAGUGGUGCCUUUCUACGGGCAAGGAAUGAAUGCUGGUUUUGAAGAUUGCAUUGUUUUUGAUGAAAUAAUGGAGCAGUUCAAUGAAGAUUUCAGUGCUGUACUGCCCGAGUAUUCCAGAGUGCGAGUUCCAGAUGACCAUGCAAUCGCAGAUCUGGCCAUGUACAAUUACAUUGAAAUGCGAGCUCACGUCAACUCCAAAUGGUUCCUUUUCCGAAAGCGUGUGGAUAACAUCCUCCAUUUCCUCAUGCCAAAGACAAUAAUCCCACUUUACACCAUGGUGACGUUCACAAGAACACGUUACCAUGAAGCUGUGAAUCGCUGGCACUGGCAAGACAAAGUGAUUAAUCGGGGCCUGUUUUUUGCUGCUACAGGAGCAAUUUUGGGAGGCUCUAUAGUGCUCAUCAAAAAUCCCCCACAAAUCAACAAGCUCAGAAUUCCUACUGAGAAACUGUUGAACAAGCUUGCAGGAUUCGGUACCUCCUUAACUCACAUAUGACGCUGAGUGCACCAAUUACAACAUCACUCACAGUGAUGAAAUGUAUUCAAUUAAUUCUCAUGCUGCGAGACAAAAUGUCUCAAAUGAUGCUCAAUUAAAUUCAUUACUGUGAUUCAUUUUAUGAAAAUGGCACUUGAUUAGCACAGUUGUCAGAUUAGAUUUAUUUAAUAUGAUACAAUUUAUUUGGAAUUAUUUUCAAAUAGUACCACUUCUAUUACUAAACAAAGAUAGAAUACAAAUAAUUAUAUUUAUUAAAUAAGAGUACUCAUCUGCUAGACUAGUGACUCAAUGGCUUUAGUCCACAUAGACUUGGGGAUCAUUUGGAUCCAGGUCGGGAUUUUCUGCUCAGAGCAUUAUGAGCAGCCACGUUGUCAUUUUGAAUCAUCCAUGUUAUGACCUGACACAAUUUUCUGCUCUUUGCACA